AAUUUCGUUUAUUCGAACGAAACCAGAAAAAAAACACUAGCAAGAACGCCACAGUGUGGUAUCUUGGAGUAACUCAUUGAUUCAUUCAAUUCACAAUUAGUAAGUGAUCAGGGGGGUGUAUUGUAAUAUGUUGGGGCUGACAGAAAUGAAAGAAAAAUGCACAACUCUGUUGUGUGUAUAUGAACUAAAGUGAGCUGAGUUCGAGCAGACAUUGCAUGCCAUAUAUCGUAUACAUACGAUAUAUUUAAACAACCGAUAGUCUAUAACUGUGUAUAUUGGAGGAUUGGAUGGCUACAUUUGUUGUUGCCAGUUAUUCCAAUCUUUUCGAUCAUCGUCAAUAUUUCGAUUUUGUUUUUUGUUAUUGUUGUUUUUAUUUGACCAUACUUUCUUCAUACUGCAUGAUUUUUUUUUUACUAUCCAUAAGUCAUAUUUAUUCUUUCUCAUUGUCCUCUAGUGAUAUAAUUAAUUAGUCCCUAUUUUUUCCGGUGUUUUUCUCAUCAAUCUCUUUUCGGUGUUGCUCAACCCUGCACCACCGUUACACCAUACAUCACAAUGGUAUAUAAUAUCAUCUGAUCUCACUCUGAUGUUGAUGACCAAACAGUUCCAGAAACGUAUUUCCGGUUCAAAAUCUCCGCUAAAAUCCAACACGUUCUGAUUUAAGUCCAAAUGCUACUGUCUUUGCCCGUAGUCAAGUUUUACUAGCCCCCUCAUUUCAAAUGUGCAAUUGCAUUUGGCUUUGAUUCGUUUGUAAAAUAUUCAUCCAUCAUCAUCGAAAUCAUAUCACAGCAUCCUAAUUCCACUCAAUACAAAAUACAUCGUGUUUGUGCUUGUUUAUAUGAUGUUGCGUUCAUUUUGUCAAUGUGUUAUAAUAAUAAUCAUUGAUUAAAAGCAGAAAAAAUAUAUAUCAUUUGGCUCCAUAUUCACCUGCCUAUUUGUUUUUUUUUUAUCAUAAAUCAAUGUGUUAUCAGUCAUGAUAAAUUAAUGUUAUAUUGAUUGAUCGUAUUCAUUCUCAUCCAACACAUAACCGAUCGAUUGGUCUGUAAUGAAGCAAAAAAUUCCAAAAAACCAAUCGAUCUCUUGUAUACGUUGACUUGUACUUGUGCGCAUAUCAUAAAUAUAUUUGAUGUAUGAAUCUUCUUUAAUCCGGUGUUUAAGCUGGUAUACUGAUUUGAUUCAUCAUAAUCGUCGUUGUGUCAUGUUGUGGCUGCUCAUCAUUAGCAUCAUAUAUAAUGUUACGAAACUCGAACGACAAUAAUAAUACUCGAACUGCUGCUGCUGUUAAGGCCUUUGUAUGCACAUCGGAUCAUCAAAUAACAAAUAUCGAUACCACCAUAUCGCCAAGUACAUUGUCCGUUGAUCAUAAUCGAAUAUUUAAUAAUGAUAAAACUAAUAAAAUUGUUGUUGAUGAUGAUGGUAAUGAUGAUAGGAAUAAUAUCAUCAUCCAUAAACAAUCGACUAGUGAUAAUGAACGAUCGAAUACUAUGAAUGCUAGUCAUGCUCAAUUUCAGUUGUUACCACAGCAGCCGAAACCAUCGCCCACGCAUUCACAUCAUUCGACCGCAUCGACGACAACAAUAUCCUCAUCAGCAGCAGCAGGGUUGAAGCCGACACAUCGCCGUGGAUACAGCCAUGGUUCAUAUAGUACGCUAAACCCCCAAUCCAUUAGAGAUAUUAUGUCCUCAUCUUCGACUAGUACGAAUCACCAUCAUUCUCAUCUACCACCACCAACCCCACAAUCCAAUUACUUAUCGCUAGGACGUGCACAUAACAAUUUGUUAGAAUCGUCGUACAUUAGUGAUACCCGAAAUCGAAAUUUUUUAUUAAAUCCCUCGGAAGUGACCACAGCAAUAUCCGGAUCGAUUAUGAAAUCUAGUUCAAGUGAACAAGUCGAUUCAGGUGCUGAACUUCCGUCACAAACAGCUGCUCUGCCAUCGACUACUCUGACCCCGAAUGAUGAAACUAAACGUGCCAUCGCCGAAAUCGAACAGAAAAUUCGGAAAUUUAAGAAAAAAAUCGCUCAAGAACAAAUCAAUUGUAAUGAUAAUGUAAAUGAAUAUCUCAAGUUGACAUCGAGUGCCCAGCCAAAUCAAAGUCAACGUUUGAAAACAGUGUUUGAAAAGAAAAAUCAAAAAUCUUCACAAAAAAUUGCUCGUUGUCAGAAAAAGAUGAAUCGUUUGGAUCAGGAACUUGAACGGAUAAAGAACGGCGGCAUCUAUCAUCGUCAUCCGAAAGAACGACUUCGUGAUGUUGGAACAAAUAUCAAAGAAGGUAUCAGUGGUCUUUCCGGUGGUGUAAUCGAAGGCAUCAAAUCGGGUAUACAUACGGCCGGAGAGACUGUGAUUACAAAACCGAAAGAAUUUUUCAAACGAACCACUGCCGAUAAUGCAGAGAAGAAUAGCAUGGAACAAGAACCAACCAGUACUUUUGUCACAUAUUUAAUUGAUCCGGAAAUGUCACAACAGCCAACAACUGUUACUGGCGGGGUAGGUGGUAAUUCCGGGAUGCUCAAUUCGAAUAGUCAUUCACAUAGUCAUAGUACGAAAUGUACAUCAGAUGAUGAUGAUGAUAGUUCAAGUAUUACAUCGGAAUCUGGUCAAUUGGGUGGUAUGAAUAGCCAUACUAAUAGUGCUCAUUACAGUAGCAGUCCAUUACGAAUGAAACCAUUUAAACGAUAUUAUACUGUUGCAGAUAUUGAUCAGCUAAGAAAUCGUAUCGAUGAACGAACACAAGAUUGUUUACGUUUUGGUGAAGAAAUUGAUACGCUAAAAAAUCAAUUCCAAUCCGAAUGUUUGCUAUUCAAUCAAACGCUUCAGGAUGAAAAAUAUCGUGUCGAGCGAUUAGAAGAGCAGCUUAAUGAUUUAACCGAGCUCCACCAGAAGGAGAUUGAAAAUCUCAAACAAACAAUUUCAGAUCUCGAGGAAAAGAUUCAAUAUCAAACCGAUGAACGACAUAGGGAUGUACAUGAAAUGUUGGAAAGCUUCCAGACAAGGAUAUCACGAAUGGAGCAUCAACAACAUCAACAUUUACAGCAAUUGGUCAAUCUUGACUCAUUGGAUAAUUCGAAUGCCCGAGCACUCGUACUUAAAUUGAUCAACGUUCUGUUGACCGUUUUACAAGUUAUUCUAUUGCUGGUCGCUACCGUAGCUAACAUUUUGGCACCAUUUUUACAGACACGAGCUCGAAUAUUUACCAGCGUAUUUGUAAUCAUAAUGUUCACAUUCGUCUUUCAACAUUGGCCGGAAUUGGAUAUGUGGACGAGACAAAAACUCUAUGAUAAUUGUCUAUACGUAUUGGAUUUGUUUCCAUUCCUUUCAUCGUCAUCGAUUGGUGUCAAUGCCUAUCCGAAUCGACCAGCAACCACGUAGUAUCAUCCAUUUCUUAAAUCAGACAUCAAUCAAUCAACCCAACGAUAAUGCAAGAAUCAUACCAAUCAAUCAUUUCCUGUUCAUUCAACAAAUCUUUGUUUGAUUUGAAUUUACUUGAUUUCACUAGUGAUAUGUUUUCUUUCUUGCUUUUUCGGUGUGAUAACUUCAUAUUCACUAAUCACUCUGGUCUCAUUCAUAAUUGAUGACCAAUUUGCCCACAACCAUAAACUGAAUCAAAAAAUUCUCUUUUUCGCAACAAAAACCAACAGAUAGCUUUAUUUCGAUAAAAAAAAUCGAUCGCAUUCAAGCAAUUUUGGACGAAUUAUCACACUUAGACUUGGAUGAUGAUUAAAAAAAAUGUCAUUCUCUGCUAAGUUUUUUUCAUGAUUGUCGAUUUUAAUUUCAAUUUUCCAAUCAGUCAUUAACAGCCGAAUAAAUUGUACAAGUUUUUUCUUUUGUUCAA